AUGUCCUUUCGGGGCGGAGGCCGUGGAGGCUUUAACCGAGGCGGCGGCGGCGGCGGCGGCUUCAGUCGUGGCGGCGGCAACAACCACUUCCGAGGCGGCGGCGGCGGCAAUUUCCGCGGCGGCGGAGGCGGCGGCUUCCGAGGAGGCGGCGGCAGAGGAGGCUUUGGACGAGGCGGUGGCCGCGGCGGCUUUAACAAAGGCCAGGACCUCGGGCCUCCGGAACAAGUAGUUUUAUUAGGAGAGUUCCUGCAUCCCUGUGAAGAUGACAUAGUUUGUAAAUGUACCACAGAUGAAAAUAAGGUGCCUUAUUUUAAUGCUCCAGUUUAUUUAGAAAACAAAGAACAGAUUGGAAAAGUGGAUGAAAUAUUUGGACAACUUAGAGAUUUUUAUUUUUCAGUUAAAUUGUCAGAAAACAUGAAGGCAUCUUCCUUUAAAAAGCUACAGAAGUUUUACAUAGACCCGUAUAAGCUGCUGCCACUGCAGAGGUUUUUACCUAGACCUCCAGGUGAAAAGGGGCCUCCAAGAGGUGGUGGCAGGGGUGGUCGAGGAGGAGGAAGAGGCGGAGGUGGCAGAGGCGGUAGAGGCGGCGGUUUUAGAGGUGGAAGAGGAGGAGGUAGAGGCUUCAGAGGAGGAAGAGGAGGGGGUGGUGGUUUCAGAGGGAGAGGACAUUAA